AUGUCGUCGACCCCGGAGGAGGGCACGGCCCUGAUCCUUGUGGAUGUUCAGCGCGACUUUGUGGAUGGGUCAUUGGCUGUCCCAGGAGCCGUCUCCAUUUUGCCCCUGCUUAAUCACUUGAUCGAAGCGUAUGCUUGGGAUAUGAUCGUCGCAACACAGGAUUACCAUCCAAAGGAUCAUAUCUCGUUUGCCUCUGUUCACGACGCUACACCAUUUCAGCCACUCUCCGUACCCCACCCCUAUGAAAAAGAUGUCACGCUUUCCCAAAUGAUGUGGCCUGUGCACUGCGUUGGUGGCACCCCCGGCGCCGAGAUCGAUGCGCGCAUCCAGCCGGCCUUAGCAGCCUGCCAAGCGCGUGGGAUCCCUGUACACUAUGUUCACAAAGGCCAAGAUGCUAACAUCGAUAGUUACUCCGGGUUUGCUUCCAACCUGUACCUUGCAUUCACCGAGUUGGCAUCGGUGUUGUAUCGCCAUACCCCUCACAUCAAGACCCUUGUACUCUGUGGCUUGGCCACAGAUUACUGUGUCCAGGCCACCGCCAUCGAUGCUGUCAAGUUCGGAUUUCGGACGUUUCUGGUCGAAUCGUGUGCCAAAGGCGUAGAUCCUGCUACGACAGAAAAAGCCCUUUCUACCAUGAAAGCCUAUGGGGUGAUUACCGUGCCUGACACUGCCAAACUUACAUCCAUUAUACAAAAGCAGUGA